GAGCUAGGGACAGAGAGAGGGGUCUGAAGCACGUGGAGAAAAGACACACGAGUCUAAACUCGCUGCUGCUGCUCUGGGGAAACUGAUAGUUUGAGAGGGAGGAGAGAGAGAGAGAGAGAGAGAGGGCGAGCGAGUGAGCGAGUUGUGAAAACCAGAACAAAGACUCACACACAAGCUCCAGCAGGAGUGUGGAAUCUGAGGAGAACCUGAGAGGAACCCAGGAGGACUGAGAGAAACACUGAGUGUUUGUACUCGACCCACCCUGCUUCAUUCUGCUUCGUUCUUCUGUGUUCUCCUGCAGUCUGUGAGAGAGUGAACUCUGGGUGUGGAACCCCUCCCUCACAGAGCCAGAGCAGAUCAGGAACCAACACAGGAACCAAAGAAGAAGUUUUUUAUCAAGCAGGUCUGGGUGGAGUUCAGGACAGCUGGAGGUCUGACAGGGGACAGACGGACAGACGGGGAUCUGGAGGACGAUGGACUGAUAGUGAAGGAGUGAAGGACCUCCAUCAUGUCGUUCUUCGGUUUGGACUGUGUGAAGAAGAAAGAGAAGGAGACGGAGAGGAAAAUCCAGGCCAACGACAGGGAAUACAACUCCACCUUCAAAUACGCUACCAACGGCAUCAAAACCUCCAAGUACAACGUCCUCACCUUCCUUCCUCUCAACCUGUUCGAACAGUUCCAGAGAAUCGCCAACGCCUACUUCCUGUGCCUGCUGGUCCUCCAGGUGAUUCCUGCCAUCUCGUCUCUGUCCUGGUUCACCACCGUCGUACCUCUGGCUCUGGUGCUCAUCAUCACCGCAGUCAAAGAUGCAAUCGAUGAUAUUCAUCGACACAGGAGCGACAGGCAGGUGAACAACCGGAAAGCAGAGGUGCUCAUCGAUGGAGAGCUGAGGAGUGAGAAAUGGAUGAAUGUUAAAGUUGGCGACAUCAUCAAGCUGCAGAACAACCAGUUUGUGACAGCGGAUCUUCUCCUCCUGUCCAGCAGUGAACCUCUUAACCUGGUGUACAUCGAGACUGCUGAGCUGGAUGGGGAGACUAAUCUGAAGGUGAAGCAGGCUCUGACAGUAACGGGAGAUAUGGGUGGAAGCAUCGAGGCUCUGGCUGCGUUUAAAGGGGAGGUGUGCUGUGAGCCUCCUAACAACCGCUUGGACCGUUUUUCGGGGACGCUGGUGUGGAAGGGACACAAACACCCGCUGGAUAACCAGAGUGUCCUGCUGAGGGGGUGCACCCUCCGAAAUACGGCCUGGUGCUUCGGCCUGGUGCUGUUCGCUGGACCUGAAACCAAGCUCAUGCAGAAUUGUGGGAAAUCCACUUUCAAAAGGACGAGUAUCGACCGUCUGAUGAACGUCCUCGUGCUGUUCAUCUUCGGGUUCCUGGUGCUGAUGUGCGUGAUCCUGGCUGUGGGUCACGGCAUCUGGGAGCACUUUGAGAGACGGUUCACCACCUUCAUCCCCCGAGAGAAGAACGUGGGAGCUUCCUUCUCGGCCUUCCUCACCUUCUGGUCCUACAUCAUCAUCCUCAACACCGUGGUUCCCAUCUCGCUCUACGUCAGUAUGGAGGUGAUCAGGUUAGGGAACAGCUACUACAUUAACUGGGACAGGAAGAUGUAUCACGAGCGCAGCGACACGCCCGCUGAGGCUCGCACCACCACCCUGAACGAGGAGCUGGGCCAGAUCAGCUACGUCUUCUCCGACAAGACCGGAACCCUCACUCAGAACAUCAUGAACUUCACCAAGUGCACCAUCAGCGGCAAGACCUACGGUGAUGUGAUCGAUCACUACACAGGACAGAGGCUGGAGAUCUCAGAGGACAUGCUCCCUGUGGAUUUCACCUUUAACCGUCUGGCUGAUCCGAAGUUCCAGUUCUACGAUGCAGCUCUGCUGGAGGCGGUGAAGCUCGGCACCCCUCAGGUUCACGCCUUCUUCAGGCUGCUGGCUCUCUGCCACACCGUCAUGCCCGGCGAGACCAACAACGAGUUGGUGUACCAGGCUCAGUCUCCAGACGAGGGCGCUCUGGUGACGGCGGCCCGUAACUUUGGCUUCGUGUUCCGCUCUCGUUCGCCGGAGUCUCUGUGUGUGGAGGAGCUGGGUGAGGAACGCUCCUACCAUCUGCUCGCCAUCCUGGACUUCAACAACGUCCGCAAGAGGAUGUCCGUCAUCGUACGGAGUCCGGAGGGAAAACUCUCUCUGUACUGUAAAGGAGCCGACACCAUCAUCUACGAGCGACUCCACACGUCCUGCAGCAAACUGAUGGAGGUCACCACAGAGCACCUCAACGAGUUUGCAGGUGAGGGUCUGCGUACACUAGUUUUGGCCUAUAAGGAUCUGGAUGAACAGUAUUUCUCAGAGUGGAAACAGCGCCACCAUGAGGCGAGUACAGCUCUGGAUCAACGAGAGGAGAAACUCAACGAUCUGUAUGAAGAGAUAGAGAAAGAUCUACAGUUAAUUGGAGCUACAGCUAUAGAAGAUAAGCUCCAGGAUGGAGUACCUCAGACCAUCGAGCAGCUGGCCAAGGCCAACAUCAAGAUCUGGGUUCUGACUGGAGACAAGCAAGAGACGGCGGAGAACAUCGGCUACUCCUGCAACCUGCUGCGAGAGGAGAUGGACGACAUCUUCAUCGUCUCAGCCAAGUCACAUGAUGCGGUCAGGAAGGAGCUCAGGAACGCUCGGGCCAAGAUGAGUCCAAACUCAGGAGAGGACGCGUCCUUCAUCUCAGAGAGCAUUCUGGGUAACGAGCCCAAAGUGGUGCACGAUGAGAAUGUGAAUGGAGAGUACGGCUUGGUCAUCAGCGGCCACAGUCUGGUGUACGCUCUGGACAGCAGUAUGGAGCUGGAGUUCCUGCGGACGGCGUGCAUGUGUAAGACGGUGAUCUGCUGCCGGGUCACGCCCUUACAGAAAGCUCAGGUGGUGGAGCUGGUUAAGAAAUAUAAACGAGCCGUCACGCUGGCCAUCGGGGACGGUGCCAACGACGUGAGCAUGAUCAAGACGGCACAUAUCGGGGUGGGCAUCAGCGGGCAGGAGGGCAUGCAGGCGGUCCUCUCCAGUGAUUUCUCCUUCGCUCAGUUCCGUUACCUGCAGCGCCUCCUGCUGGUGCACGGCCGCUGGUCCUACCUGCGCAUGUGCAAGUUCCUGCGCUACUUCUUCUACAAGAACUUCACCUUCACCUUCGUGCACUUCUGGUACGCCUUCUUCUGCGGCUUCUCCGCCCAGACGGUGUAUGAUCAGGGCUUCAUCGCUCUGUAUAACCUGAUGUACACCGCGCUGCCCGUGCUGGGAUUGGGACUUUUCGACCAGGAUGUGAAUGAGGGCUGGAGUUUGGAGUUCCCUCAGCUGUACCGGCCGGGGCAGCUCAGCAUGUUCUUUAAUAAAGGAACGUUUAUGAAGUGUGCCCUGCACAGCUGCUACAGCUCGCUGGUUCUGUUCUUCGUGCCCUACGCUGCCCUGCACGACACGGCCGACUACCAGUCCUUCACCCUGCUCACCCAGACCUGCCUCAUCAUCACCGUGUGUGUUCAGUUGGGGUUGGAUUUGUCCUACUGGACGGCGGUGAAUCACCUGUUCGUGUGGGGCAGUUUGGGGAUGUUCUUCCUGGUCACCUUCUCCAUGCAGAGUGACGGCGUGCACACACUCCACCCGGCUUCAUUCUCCUUCGUAGGUACGGCCCAGAACACCCUGAAGCACAAGAACGUUUGGCUCACCAUCUUCCUGACCGUGGUGCUGUGUGUGUUACCGGUGCUGCUUCACCGAUUCCUGUUCAGUCAGAUCAGCCCUACCAUCAACGAUAAGGUGAGGUUCAUGGUGCACCAGAUGAAGGCUAAACUUCCUCCUCCUCGCCGCCGCACCAAGAUCCGCCGCUCCAGCACCCGCCGCUCGGGUUACGCCUUCUCUCACGCCCAGGGCUACGGCGACCUCGUCACCUCCAAACGCUUCCUGCGCCGCCAGGCUCCGCCCCGCUCCACGGGGUUCACGCCCACGGGCCGCACCGCUUGGUACAGCCCGAUGGGUAAACAGCAGAACUCCAAACAGGAAGUGGAACCCACGGAGCUUCAGCGUUACCGUGUCGUUAAUGACUCCGUCCUCUGAGGGCGUGGCCGGGUGAUGGGCUUCAUUUAUUAACGUAAACAAUUAGCAGCAGGUUCCAGAGUCUAAGAGAGGAACGGGGUUGGAGAACUAAAUCUGGAACCAGCUGUUGGGUUCUAGAACAAAAUGAUGCUCAGGGUCUAAAAGCAAUAAUAAAAGUGGGUGUAAAAAACAGGCAGAACCUCUGAAACCACACGUUCUCAAGGUUCUGGAAUCAAACUACUUGGUUCUGAUACUGACUCUAAAAUCAACACUAUGCACACAUUCUCACGUGGGCUCUGGAGCUCACCUCAUACAUAACGAAGGCACCGAUGUUGAUUGUAGGUCCUAAAACCAAAAACUAAUAUGCUCAUUUUCAAAUUCCAAUCAGGAACUGUUUUUAGAAUAACAUUACAAUCAGGUUCUAGAACUCUGAGGUUCUAUAAUUAUAAAAUACAUUUCGACACAUCAGAUUCCAGAAGCUAAAUUGUAAGUUUGAAUCUCUUGAGUGCCUUUGAGAAGCUGAAUCAGGAGCAAGUUUUAUAUCUAGAACCUGAACUGGAACUUUUAUUUUGGAUUCGUGUUUACAUGGUUGAGCUGGUAAUAAUGAAGAGUAUGGAGAACAUGUUCACACACUAAUGAGAAACAUGUGAUCUUCAUGUAAAUAUGAGGUGCUGUUCUAUAUUAGCUCUGCACAUCCAGCUCAGAGUCCAGAACUGAAGGAGCUGCACAGGCUUGAUGGGGUCUGAGAUGAACAGAACGUAAAUCAGAAGUUUCUCACCAUUAUCUGGUUACUGGGAACGUGUCCCACACCACAUAUCAUGCUGGGUAUUCCAGGGGUUCUCAGCUGGGCGGGGCAGUCAAGCUUUAAUAAUAACCACUGAUGGUGUUUCAUGGAAUGUUUAACUGCACCUACAGAAUGAUCUGGUCCUGAUCUAGUGCACUAGAGAGAUGAGGGUGAGUUUGGAACUAUCUAUGCUGGAGUUACACCAAAUACUGUCCAGAAGAGCAACUUGUUUGUUUAUGCAUAACUAAUAAGUGCCUUGAAUGUGUUUUACCACUAAAAGUGAUGCAGUUUUCAUUCAUGGCUGUUAGAUCCAAAUAUCUCAGAUUAAAUAUUAAACUCUGAGUGUUUUUAUCUUUGAUAGUUUGAAGCCAAAGCCAUUUUGCUGCAGAGUUUACACCUGUGUAUCAAACUGUAAUCAGCCAACAUGUUACAUGUACAUCUAAUAAUGAUCUUCAUCAGAAUAAACCAUUUAUUAUUAUUAUUAAACUUUAUGGUUAUGGAAACAUUUUCUCUUUUUGAAUGUGUAAUAAAGGUUUUGUUUGAAAUUGCUCCCAGUUAGACACUUUUUAAAUUUGUUUGAAUGUUUGUGUUGCCUUCAAACCAACCAUCCUUUUUUACAUUUUGUGUAAAGUGGAUCAUGACCACAGAGCAAAAAUGCAAAACAUAUAAAUGCUGAAUUCAUAUAACACAGAAAUAUUUCUAUUAACCUCCUGCUUGUGUUUUCUAUGUAUUUAUCUGUAUGUAUCUUUAUAUCCAUCUCAGUACUGAACAUGGUAGAUCUGGCAACCAAAAAGGUGGUGACCGCAUGUGGGACUUUUUAUGGUUUGUAUUUUUACUGCAGAGUUUUGUAUAAAUAAAAGACUUUUCUAUCACUGA